GAGAGCACUCGGGCAGGGGCUCGACGAGAUCUGAGGCGCUCAGGUGUAAGAGCCUCUCUCAUCCCCAGCAGUGGGAAACAGUAGACAGAUAAGUGCGUCUGAGAGACUGCAGGCAUCUCUGUGAUCUCCGGGCUCGAGGCUGCACUAUACACACACACACACAUACACACACAUACACUUUUACACACAUACACACACACACUGGCUGCAACCGCAUCGUUACUGGAGAGGCGAAAGGACCAGUGUGUUGCAUCUAUGACUGUUUUCCAGCUCUUGCCGCCUCUUCUUCUCCUUCUUCUUCUUCUUUCUCGUGCACUUUAAUUGGAGACGCUCGCCAAGAUGAUGUCCAUGAACAGCAAACAGCCGCACCACUUCGCCAUGCAUCCCUCGCUAUCCGAACCCAAGUACACCACCCUGCACUCCAGCUCGGAAGCUAUAAGGAGAGCCUGUCUACAAACUCCACAGCUGCAGAACAACAUAUUCGCGAGCUUGGAUGAGACGCUCCUGGCGCGGGCUGAGGCUCUGGCGGCCGUGGACAUCGCAGUGUCCCAGGGCAAGACGCAUCCGUUCAAGCCCGACGCCACCUACCACACGAUGGCCACGGUGCCGUGCUCGUCCAACUCCACUGUCCCGCUGGCUCAUCACCACCACCACCAUCACCACCACCACCACCAGAACCUGGAGCCGCCGGACAUCAUGGACCAUAUCACCUCGCCGUCCCUCGCUCUCAUGUCCAGUGCGCACGACGGGACCGGCGGCGGAGGAGGCGGCGGCGGAGGCGGUGGAGGCGGCGGCGGGCUCAUCUCUACCCCUUCUGGCCACCCGCACUCUCACAUGCACGGCCUCACUCACCUCUCACACCAGGCCAUGGGCAUGAACUCGCCUCUCACCCAUCACGGCCUCUUACCGGGCCACCACGCGGGGAGUCAAGGCGGCCCAGGACUCACGAACAUCGGAAUGCCCUCAAUCAAUGACUCGGACACGGACCCAAGGGAGCUGGAGGCGUUCGCGGAGCGCUUCAAGCAGCGGAGGAUCAAGCUCGGGGUGACGCAGGCGGACGUGGGAGGCGCGCUCGCGAGCCUGAAAAUCCCCGGCGUUGGCUCACUGAGCCAAAGUACAAUUUGCCGGUUCGAGUCGUUAACUCUGUCCCACAACAACAUGAUUGCGCUCAAGCCCAUCCUGCAGGCCUGGCUGGAGGAGGCCGAGGGCGCGCAGAGGGAGAAAAUGAGCAAACCGGACAUUUUCAACGGCGGCGAGAAGAAGCGGAAGAGGACGUCGAUUGCGGCGCCGGAGAAACGGUCUCUGGAGGCUUACUUCGCCGUGCAGCCGCGGCCCUCGUCCGAGAAAAUCGCAGCCAUAGCGGAAAAGUUGGACCUGAAAAAAAACGUGGUGCGCGUGUGGUUUUGCAACCAAAGACAGAAACAGAAGCGGUUGAAAUUUUCCGCCGCCCACUGAUGGAAAACACAGACAAACAAACACAAACUACAAAGUUGUGUGGCUGAAUUUGGGGACCAAGGGACAUUAAUAUGAAUACUAAUAAUGACGAUAAAGACACCACUUUCAGUCUUUUGUCUCCAGCGAUUUUACACGUUGGUGCACAGUGGACUUCAUGAUGUUACCAAGGCUUCAUACACUUAUAUCCUGUUUAUUUUCACGUUAUUGGUGAAUGUGAAGUAUGCAAAAAACAAAAAAACACACAAAAAAACAAAAAAACAACAGUUGUGACGAGUGGGGAGAAAAGUUUUGCCUUUUGAGAACACGCGUGGACAGACACAGAGGUAAUUGGCGAGUUAUUUUCUCCCUAAUAGGCCUUUUUUUAUUUUGAAGUAUAGCCAUUUACGAAUUACCUCAUUGAUUGUUGAACUGUGUUUUUUUUUCCUUUCCUGUUUUUUUUUGUCGUUGUUGCUAUAGAAAUAAUUCAUGAAUCUGUUCAUUUAUUCAUCUAUUUAUUUAUUUAUUCUUCUUUGGAGGCUGCUAUUCACUCAAAUUAUGUUGCAUUUAUGGCUAUAACGAAAAAAAGGAAAGAUACAGAGAGAGAGAGAGCAUUAGGGCCUGCAUGAAAUCCUUAAAUCACGGGCAGUAAUUGGGCCUCUGUAGGCUGUCACAUCUAUAGAUCUAUUUAUUUUGAAUUUGCACAAAAGGACCCUUUAGGUUUCAAACGGUUUUUGUAUGUACAGACUUCACUUUAUCACUUAUCAGAGGUGUUUUUGGAAAAUACAACAAAUGAUUGGUUUUAGUUUCAAACUGAGCCAGAAGGUCUAGUCUUGUCUGCUUCAUCAAAGAGAGGGAUUACAUUAUUAUUAUUUUUAUUAUUAUUAUUGAUAAUAAUAAUAAUAAUAAUAAUGAUAAUACUACAAACUAAAGGAAAAUCAAUCGAGUUUGCAGUGCAAACACUAUGCAUUAUCACUGCGUACACACUGACAGUCCUGGUUAUUUUGUGGAUGGUGUGAGUUACUG